CAUGAUGUCAUCACGCGAACUGUUGUAAUGCAAACAGGUAAAACAUGAAAAGGUACCGUCGCUUUCGUUUCAUUUGUCGAGUCAUCGCAUUAUUGGCGAUAGCCAUUUUCACUACGGUAAUAGCGAUCGUGUUAGCGACUCGACUGCCGCAUCAAGGCCAGCACAAACUGAAGCCCAGUCCAGUCCCAAGCCCAGCAAUAGGGUCCAGCAGUUCCAAGGUGAAAACCAUUUUGUACUGGAACUCUUGGGAUCCGACGAUGGGCGACCAGCCGUUAAUCAAAGCUCAAUGUCCCGUGACCGCUUGUUUGUUCACUCCCGAUCUGACACUGUUCAAUCAGAGUGACAUUGUUCUCAUCUCCAUCGAAACGACUCCCGAUUUCUUAGUAAAUCGUUUACCCCAUCAGCGGUUCGUUUUCUUCGUCAUGGAAUCGCCUACCAACACUCAUCAGCUGCCUCUGCUUCAAAACAAUCGAACGCGUUACAACUACUUCAACUGGACCAUGAGCUAUAGACGGGAUUCCGAUAUCGUCCUGCGUGAUUUCCUGGGAGCUGUUGUGUCUAAAAAACAUCGUGACCAUCAGUACCCACCUCGAAAUGAACAAAGAUCGAACAGGACGAUUAAACUCUCUUCUGUGGACACUCUGGAAAGGCUGGUCACGAACAGAGGAAACAGGACGAAGGCGAACGCUGACGUAUCGAUAAUCAACCCCUGGGUACGAAAGAAAUCGAAAUUGGUGGCCUGGUUCGUGUCGCAUUGCGAUACUCCCAUCCAACGAGAAGAAUAUGCCCGUCAACUGAGCCAGCACGUCCCAGUCGACAUGUACGGCCGAUGUGGAACCAAGCAACAAGUGACUUCGAUUUGCGAUUCGGCAGAAGAUCCUUACAACUGUGAGGAGAGUGAAGCAUUACGAGCUAAAUACAAGUUUUAUUUGGCUUUCGAGAAUUCAUGGUGUCCAGAUUACGUCACCGAGAAAUUCUAUCGAACUUUACAGUUUGACACGGUGCCCAUCGUCCUCGGUGGAGCCGAUUAUCAGCGUUUCGCACCUCCGCAUUCCUACAUCAACGCCCUGGACUUCUCAACGCCCAAAGAGCUGGCCGAUUAUCUUUUGUUGUUGGACAGCUCGCAAGAGCUAUACGCCCAGUAUUUCCAAUGGAGAAAUGAUUACAACGUCUUCGUACCUGCCUUGGACGGUUGGUGUGAUUUGUGUCGGAUGGCUCACGACGAAACUCUUCCGGCCAAAGUGUAUCCAGACAUCAAACAGUGGUGGAUAGACAACGGCGAAUGUGAAACUGACCGAACUAAAUAUUUUUAAAUGUAUCUUUUUUUUUUAACUGUGUGUGUAUUGCAAAAGAUUUUUAGUCAGAAUUAACGA